GACGGAGCAGCCGACAGAAGGCUAAUAACCAUGCCAACGGAGGAAUAUAGCGCGCGCCGCUGACUGGGGGAGAAGCGCGCGCGAGAGACAGGGGGAAACCCCGAAAGAAGAAAAUACUGAAAACACGUUCACGGGAAGUGAAGAAUAAAGGAGGACGGAGAGAGAUACGAGAAGCAGAAGCAGAAGAAGAAGACACGGAGCUGCUAUGAUUCUCUCCCUGGCCGCGGCGGCAGCCAUGAGUAGCGGUGGCGGUAGCAGCCUCAACUCCUCCUCUCCCCUCGACCCCUUCGACUCCUCCACCUCGUGGAGCCUGGUUGAGGACCCCGCCAACUCUUCGUCAGAACCUGUAGUGCAAACUGUGACCCCUGACCUCCGGCCAGCGACCACCGCCGUCGCUCUUCAGGAAGUCAGCCCGUGGGACAUUGCGCUUUGCGUGACGGGGACUCUCAUUUCCUGCGAGAACGCCUUAGUGAUCGCUGUGCUGUUCUACACGCCGACGCUCCGCGCUCCCAUGUUCAUCUUGAUUGGAUCGCUGGCGGUGGCGGAUCUCCUGGCUGGCCUUGGCCUCAUCUUGAACUUUGUCUUCACCUAUCUGAUCGACAGCUCGGUGGAGUUUGUGACAUUGCUGUCCGUUGGACUGCUGAUCUCGGCUUUCUCAGCGUCUGUCUUCAACAUCCUCGCCAUCACGGUCGACCGGUACCUCUCGCUCUACAACGCCCUGACCUACCACACUGAACGGACGGUCACCUUCACCUACGUCAUGGUGGUCUUUAUCUGGGUGUCGUGCCUCACGCUCGGCCUGUUGCCGGCGCUGGGCUGGAACUGUCUGAGAGACGAGAGCACGUGCAGCAUCUGCCGACCGGUCACUAAAAACAACGCCGUUGCGCUCGCCGUCACUUUCUUAUUGGUCUUUGCCCUCAUGAUGCAGCUCUACCUUCAAAUCUGCAAAAUCGCCUUCCGCCAUGCGCAGCAGAUCGCGGUGCAGCACCAGUUUGUGGCCAUCUCCACCACCAAAGGUGUCUCCACACUGUCGGCCAUCCUGUGUGCCUUCGGGGCGUGCUGGCUGCCAUUCGCCAUGUACUCCAUUGUGGCUGACUCCAGCUACCCCGUAAUAUACACCUACGCCACGGUCCUCCCAGCCACCUGCUGCUCUGUAAUCAACCCCAUCAUCUAUGCGUUCCGAAACCCAGACAUCCAGAAGUCGCUAUGGAUGGCCUGCUGUGGGUGCGUCCCCUCCAAUCUCUCCUUAAGACCCAGGACCUCCAGUGAUGUGUAGCAGGGAAGGUUGGUGUCUCCUUAGUGUGAUGCUUGAGGUCGAGUCAGGGUUGGAGGAACAAGAGGUGGCGAGGAGGAAAGAGGAAAGAGAUUUCCUCUGCUUCUCAUAUCGGGGCAGGCUGAUGGCGAACACUCAGCUGGCCGCUGUAGAUGUGGCACUGGCGGAUGAUGGAGAAGAGGACGAUGCAUAGUCAAAAAAAAAACAAAAGAAAAACGAUAUGAAAGUUUGUAGCCUUGAGAAAACCAAAAUCAUGGAUGGAGAUGGUGUGGAAACCAACUGCAAACACCUGUUUAAGGUAUCCUCAUCAUGGCUGUGGGAGCUGAGGCAGGCUGUGGGGGAAGUGUCAGGUGACUUUUCCACUGGCCUCUAUUAGGGCACGAAAAGUGAGUCCUGCUUCUCAAGAGUAGCAUAUGUGUGAAGCUGAGAUUUAGGAAGAAAUUUGCUAAAUCUCUGCAUGUCCUGAGGCUGGGCAGCACUGCAUGGUUAUGCAAUCAGAAGGAGUGAAACAGUCUUAAAAUACUUGUUUGUGUUUUAACUGAUGUGUUUGAAAUUAAGUGGCGUGUGGAUAAAAAUACAAUGAGCUAAAUAUACACAAGGAACGACCUUGAAAAUUCACAAUGAGCUACCUUCUCCUGGUAAAAAAACGAGAAUAUUUCCUCCCUGGAAACAUUUUGAGCAAUGUUUCCUUCAGCUGAUGCAGAUUAAGUAGCUGAGUCUUGCCCAUUAAGCCUUUUCCCAAUGCCAGAAGUACAGCCUUUAUUAUUUGUUUUUCCCAUUUCGAUGCAAGUUUCAGGAAAGAGUGAAAAAAAGCUAAUCACACAACAUCCCUCCUCAAACAUUCAAAUCCGAAAUGAAAUCUAAUGUACCAGUCUCUGAAUGCAUAAACAAGCCCGGCUAGUUUGAAGAAUCUAGAGAGGGAUUUCCAUAUUUAGACUGGCAUGUGUUGUCCUUGGUGCGUUGAAAUGAAAUCUGCUCCGCAACGGAGAAAAAUGGGUUUCUCAGCCUGCCACUGUGCCGUGACUGUGAAGCAGAGAGAGCUGAAUUCAGCACCAAGGACAGCGUCACUGCAGAGCGCUGCUACCCUGGGAAUGCUCUCUGCUGCGGGGAGGGAGAGCGCCGGAAAGUAGGCUACGCUGUUCUUUACACCCUCUUUAUGGGGAAAUGUGAGACGGGCCUUAAAGGAGCAUUUCAGCAUGAUUGGAGUUUCUUUCACCCUUUUGUCCACCCCUGGAUGGAUAAAGGUAUUUAAAAAUUUGGUUUUGCUAAAACUCUUCUGUUAUGUGAUUGCUUCAGUUUCAAAAAGACAUGCAGAACAACAUUAAUAGUGCUAGUUAAUCAUUGUGGCACAAGAGAGCACAAAAGACAUUUAUGAUUAGUAUCAAUAGCUAACAUCUGCAAACCUUAUGUCUUGGUUUGGAUACUUCCAUACACUUUGCAUUUUACGCUAUGUCCUUACUUGCAUAGUGUUUAAAAUUAAACGUGGUAAUGUUAUUUCAAACUGACCACAGCAAGCUGUAUACUUUCCAGAAAUGAUGACCGGACAUUGAUCGGAGCCUGACUGAUCUAUCAGUGGGAUGAUAUAAUCAGCUUUUUGGCGAUCUACUGGUAUUGUUGUUUAAAACGGCUGAUAAAUUAAAAUUUAACAAAGAUUUGAUGGGAGAAACUCCAACUUCAAACUUGUUAUAAGUGUUGGAGGUUUGUCCACCAGAGGGCACUCUGCAAGUAACCUGUUGGCAACAUGUGUUUGGAACACCACAAAUUAUGACAAUCAACUGAUUCAGACAGAGACAGGCAGAGCGUAAACGGGUAAAUAAAUAACUACAUAUAACAAAUGUUUAAAAAGUCUGUUUAGAUUUCAUGUGUCUGACAGAAUUUUUUUUGAAAUAUAUAUCGGAAUUUCAGAUUUUUAAAUAACCAAAUAUUGGCAUCAGUAUCACUGUCAGUGUAUAACAGUGAUUAUCCCACUAGCUGCUGCAAUCUGUGAACAUUUACUACUCCCUUAGCAGCUGACCGCACAUACGACAAGAUUCCUCUGCAAUAAUGAAAUUGAUUUAACUCUCAUAAAUAAGUAAAGCAAACCAAAGUUGGUCUCGUGAAUGCUAUUUAGCUGGCUAGCUAGCAUUGGGAGCUAGCAUCGUUGCUUGGAAUGUAUUUCCUUUCUGUCGUAUUGCUGUCUGAAAUGUUUUGGCCAUUUCUUCUACCAUGUAGCAAAAGCAGCAAUUAUUUGGGGUGGAAAGUGUAAAUAACACUAUACCACAUCAAAGCGUACUAAAGAUUUGCUGCUCGUUCUUUAGCUGGCCUGUCAUUGUUGUAUUAAUGUAUUGAUUUUUUCUGAGGGGUCCUGUUCUUUUAUUACACGGGAAAAAUGGCGACUAUUUUGAAGAAGAAGGGUAAAGAACGCCACACCUAUUAUGCACUGUACUGCAAGUGCAUAAUAAAUGUUUGCUCCUAGCUAUUUAGCUGGCCAGCCAGAAUUGGCCUGACAUAGUUCCUUACAAUGUAUCAGCUUUCUGCUGUUUACAAAAUUUCUGAUGAUCUAUCAUCCUAAGCUAUACACACUGGAAGUGUCUGCAUCGACGUGGUGAACACACACCAUAGAAAGCGAAGAAAAUUUCGCAACUCUUAGCAACUAUGGGCGAAACAGCUGCAAGCAACGUAAAGUGGAUGAGAUCUGAGAUAAUCUUUUUUUUAAAGCCCAGGCGAGCGACUGAAGGGACUACCAAUGUGAACUAAUAAGAACACAGGACACAUAUGACCUGUUAGUAAAUGAGUUAGAGGGUUACCUAGGCAACCGCAGCCUGGAACACCUAUAAGCUGUCAGCUUCAAAGCGAUGUGCGUCAAGCGAAUUGUUUUCAAAGUGCACGUAGCAUUACUCAGUUUUGUGACCCUCUGAGUUCUGUUUGAACUUACUUUUAUGCUUGAAAUACAAAGUAUGGAAGUAUCUGAGACACAGCUAUGGUAAAAGUUCAGCACUGUUUAAGACCAGCAUAUUAUAAGCCUAAUUUGACCCCUGUCAGGCCAGUUUUUAAUUAUUUUUUAGAUAAAAGCUACAAUCGUUAUUUUAGCCAAAGUGUCUUUUUAGCAUGCUCUUGUUGUUUGAUGUUUCGACACAUAAAAAACUAUCAAAAAACUUUAAAACUGGAUUAAAGAUCCAGAAACAUGGCUAAAUUACUUCUCUGAUGGAAACUCUGUCUAUAAUGCACAAUCAUGAAUGUAUUUAAAUAUCGGCCUCGAUAUCAAUCUUAAAAUAUUUCCAGGGGUCAGUCAAUCAAAACAGAAGCUUUAAAAAAUUACUCCAGUCAUGCUCAAAUGAUCCAAAAAAAUCCACUCAGGGUCCUGCCAUGCCACCAUGACUCCGUCCUCUCUGUCCCCGUGUUUGCAAUCAGCAGAAAUUCCCGUCGUCACCGGGAAAGGUGAGAGCAGCUGAUAUUUUUCUGAGGCGAACAGGACCUCUGUGUUUUUCUGCAAUCUCCAUAAAGCUGUUUUAGCCAUGCGGCUCUAAAGUUAGACGGCACUCUGGCUCCACAGCCCAAUUGAUUUUACAUUAGCUGAGCUGAGCACAAUCCAUAUCGAAAAGGUCGUUUUUCAUCGGGGGCAGCUUUGGUCGGCUACGCUACGUUUUAAGUCAUACUUGCCAUUCUUGCACCUCUGAAAAUAAAUUAAGAAUGGAUGUGUUUUGUAUUAUUGCUAAAUAUUUGUAAUGCUUACACUUAAACACUCAUAGAUGUAUGUCAUAGAUUCAGGGGAAAUGGCAAAAGUCUAU